UAUAUAUAUAUAGAUAAAGAUAUUGAUGCUAAGAUGUGAGAGAAGAUCUGAGAGAAAAGUAUAAAUAUCCGGUUCCUAGCUCCGAUCCUACCAGAGAUACAGAGGUAUGCACGGAACAGAGAUCUUGACUCUGGUUGUAACUACACUUCUAAUCUUUACAGAGGCUAGGAAUGAAGUCGAUGACCAUGACAGCAACCAAAUGGAAGACAUUCGGCACCAAGGGAUAAUGUUAGCUCCAUAUGAGGUGGCCCAAAUCUUCAGGAAUAGGUUCCCAUUCUAUGGAUUUCUUCAACAUCUUCAUUCCAAGAGGGGAGAAGAUGAUAAUGAUCAUUUUGAGGAAGCUUCCAAGCCUGUUGUUCUCUCCAAGAAGCUGAACAAAUAUGCAGACUAUCGAAGAAUAUCUGGUAAAAGAAAUGUACCUGCAGCUCCUGUGGAUGCUACAGCAGGCAAAGGGUGCAAACACUCAGCUAAUUGUAAAACAAGUUUAGUAGAACACAACAGAAUUUCUCUCAUUCUAAAGGAAGAUGCGAAGCGUAAUGAAUAUUCAGAUUAUAGAAGAAUUGCUGGAAAACGUGAUGUUCAUUCUGAAUACAUAAAAAUCGCAGGAAAUCCCGAUGUUUACUCUGAAUACAGAAAACGAAACAUUUACUCCGACUACAGAAGAAUCGCUGGAAAGCGAAGUGCCACUGCUAUGGAUGCCCCAACAGAAGAGAAUAUAAAAAGCAUUGAUCAAGAUCUGCCUGUAUACAAUAUUGUUGGUCAAAGAGUUGGUGUUAAAGAGAGUGACAGGAUAGUAAAUGAUGAAGACUGGACUGUAAAAUUCACCUCAUAAAAUCUUUAGAUGCAUGCUCCCAGGAAUGUCAUCUGAACAAGUGGAUCUGGAAGAAAGAAAAUUAUCUUGUAAUAUCUAGAAUUUGAAAUUAGAAAAUUAGUUUUUGACAUUUUUUAGUUUAGUUUUUUCCCUGAAAUUAGAAUGCCAAAGCAGUUUCGGGUAAAAAGGGGUGUACAUAGAAAUUUGUCCAAGGGGUUGCUUAACCUUUUUUAUCUUUCCAGUUAUGGGUGAAACAGUAUUUUUUUCAGUUAACCUUUUUUUAGCUUUCCCAGUCACAGUUCUGGGCUUGAUAAAAAACCUCUAAGAACCAUAUUUUUCUUUUAUGUUGGGAGGUUCAGUCCACUUAACCCCCCCCCCCCCCCCGUAUUACAUACCCCUGCAAAAGCGUGUAUUAUUUUUUUACAUUUUCAUUUAACAAAGAAAUCCAAAAUCUAAAAUUGUUUUACGACAACUAGCAUGAGACACAUAAAAAAUGUGUUUUAUUGAGGCUGGGUUUUUAAUUAUAUGAUUGUAAAUAAAAUAUAUAUGAUAUUUA